GCGGGGGUAUCCAUGUGUUUUUUCCCUGCCAUUCACGCACGCGCGAAACAACAAACAAAAUGCGUGUUAACGGAGUCAACAUUAGUAAAUAUCACGUGAUUAGGACGGUACAGAACUAAAUAAAAAAAAAAAAAAAAUUGUAGACUCGCCGCCGCCAUUUUGUAGCUUUUUCCAAGAAACCUGAACUAUAAUGCAAGUCAAAAGAACUACACGACCCAGAAGCCAACAGUGCUUCCGGUCUAUGUUUUCCGCUCGCUCAUAAACAGAAUGGGGGAAUUAACCGCUGCUCACGAACUCAAACUGGAAAAGUUGGAUUUGCAACGCAGAAGUAGAUCUGUUGAUAGACUAUCAUCCUCUAGAACAAUACAAAGUUGGUGGGAAACUGAUGGUGACCACAAGGACAUUCAUCCUCAACUAAGCCAUCAAAAAUGACUUUGUUACUUCGAGUAGUUAUCUCUCCAAAAGAAGCCCGUCGAAUCCUGCUCACAGAGGUACCAGCAUCUGUUGACCAGCUCAUCAAUGUACUUAAAGACAAAAUCCAGUUGGAAGGUGAUUUCUCACUCCAGUUCGAGGACCCCGAUUUUUCUAAUGCAUUAUGUCAGUUGACUCAAAUGUCAGAGUUGCCAGAUGGGCGUGCAGUCUUGCACAUUGUGUGUAACACUGGGGCAUCUCCCCUCAACCUAUCUGAUAGCCAUUCGAUUGGCUCAGUGUCCUCCCUUGACACAGCCAGCUUACACUCUGAGGACUGUAAUGAAGCGCAGAGAAGCCCUACUCGUUCCUUCCAGGGGAGCUUGUUCGAGUCCCUCCCUUCUCCCUCCUCAAGUUCUGUCCAGAGCAAUACAGAUUCUCCCCAGACCCCUUUAAGGCGUACAACUCGGUGGCCAAAUCCAUUCCCAAUCCCUAAAUUUGCGUAUGAUGUUGAGCUGAGAUUGCGUAAGGGAAAUGAGGUAUAUGAAAGAACACAGAAGCGCCUCAUUCUUACAGGAGAUAUGAGAUCUGACAUUGUGAAUAAACUUUGGCAGAGUAUUUUUGAUCUCAGAGGUGCCUAUCCCAGUAAGGAUGAAUUGUUGUCUGUUGCAUCUGGUCUUCUGGUCAAGUAUCCUUGUCUAAAGGAGACAGAUAGUGUAACUGGGUAUGAUGGAUGGCUGAAGAGUCUUCAUUAUAAGAUGGGCAACUUCAGGGCAAAGUUGCGUCGUGCAGGCUGCAAUGAGGUGAUGGUGAAUACAAAAAGAAGGGGAGAGGAUGGAGUGGCUGCUCCGUUCAUCCUGAAAAGGGCCAAACGUGGAGAGGUCAACCAUGUUCCAGAAUAUCCAGACAACCAUGAUGGUACCACUCUUGAGGAGGAAAGGCUUGCACUGAUUGAAGAAAUGAAGAAAAGGAAAAGGAACAUGGGUCUGAUUAGGCAAAAGAUGGAACUGACUUUCUCCCAUCGUCGGAGAGAAAUCGUAGAAGUGCAGCCUAUGGUGUCAGAAGUCCAAGAACGAUGGCCUGCACUGUUUUCUCAUGAGGAGAUAUCUGAAGAAUUCUAUCGAAUCACCAGCAGAGACCUCCGGGCAACUUGGAAUGCAUCCCUCGACAAGUAUGUCCCUCGCCUGAUAAAACUGUACCGAGCCAGAAAAGCAGCUUUUGGUCCAGAUAUGGAGAUGUUGCUGAAUAAACUUGAAGAGACAACAGACAUUGUGCGUCAUCGAAGGACAGCAGCACUGAAAGGCCUUCCCAUUUUUGUUCGUGACGAUGCAUCAGAGUUCUAUUUGAAGUGUGUGAACACAGACCCUGAAGAAUCGGUAGUUGAAGGAGUGCCCGUUGCAAUACUGACCGUCUAUGUAGAUGAUGAUGCUGCCGCAUGGGAAACAGUGACUGACAUCGCCAUCAUCCUGGAAGGGGCAGUGAUACUACACAACUUACCUGACCUCGCAGCUGCUUACGCCUGCCUGUUUGGCCUUUUGUAUGCAAUGGACAUAAACUAUCCAGAGCAGAUGAGGUACACCUUCGAGGCUAUCCAGAACAUCUUUUUCGAACUUGGUUCAAGAUGCUCACAGCGCACGCGAUCCUUGAAAGAGAAGCUGCUGCUGUGAAGCCAGAUUGACACUCACGUGGACAUCAACAUGCAUGCAUGCACACACAGCUUUGUCAUAACUCCUGCAUGAACACACACACAGAGCUCUUCUCUGCCGACUACCACAUGGACAGGCCUGUACACAUAUAUUGUUCUCCAACAACUUUUCCAAGAACAAGCAUGCUGCACGUGCACACAGAGAGGAAAGAGCAGUUCUCAAGAAGCUCUUUUCUCAGGGCGCCAAGCUCUUCUGUGCUUUCUUCUAGAAGCUAAGAUAAUUCAUUAAGUUCAUUGUGGGUAUAUUUUUAUAAUAUAUGUGGUUUAUGUUGUUGUUUUGUAUCUUGAUACAAUAGCCGCAUUUACAUGGCCCCUCUUGUAAAUGGGGAUAUUGUUAAACAGCUUGAGGUUCCAUUACCAAUGUGCACACCUGCUACUCUGCUCGCCAGCACACAUAGCUCUCAUACAUAUAGACUGUUCUCUCACCCCACACACAGACAGAAGAGCAGUUCUCAAGAAGCUCUGUUCUCAGGGAGCCAAGCUCUUCUGUGCUUUCUUCUAGAAGCUAAGAUAAUUCAUUAAGUUCAUUGUGGGUAUAUUUUUAUAAUAUAUGUGGUUUAUGUUGUUGUUUUGUAUCUUGAUACAAUAGCCGCAUUUACAUGGCCCCUCUUGUAAAUGGGGAUAUUGUUAAACAGCUUGAGGUUCCAUUACCAAUGUGCACACCUGCUACUCUGCUCGCCAGCACACAUAGCUCUCAUACAUAUAGACUGUUCUCUCACCCCACACACAGACAGAAGAGCAGUUCUCAAGAAGCUCUGUUCUCAGGGAGCCAAGCUCUUCUGUGCUUUCUUCUAGAAGCUAAGAUAAUUCAUUAAGUUCAUUGUGGGUAUAUUUUUAUAAUAUAUGUGGUUUAUGUUGUUGUUUUGUAUCUUGAUACAAUAGCUGCAUUUACAUGACCCCUCUUGCCUAAUUUCCUGAUUAGAGUAUUUAGAAAAGGUGUCAGCUACACCACCUCUUGGAUCCAAAGAUUCUGAUUUGGUGAGGUGCUUACAUCUAGUUAUCAAUCAGAUUGAAAGUGAAAGAAGGUCAUGUAAAUGGGGAUAUUGUUAAACAGCUUGAGGUUCCAUUACCAAUGUGCACACCUGCUACUCUGCUCGCCAGCACACAUAGCUCUCAUACAUAUAGACUGUUCUCUCACCCCACACACAGACAGAAGAGCAGUUCUCAAGAAGCUCUGUUCUCAGGGGGCCAAGCUCUUCUGUGCUCUCCCCAUAACAGUUCAACAUUGUGGUUUUAUGUUUGUAUCUGUUGAUAUAGUAGCCUUGUUGCACAUAUAGCCCAGACUGCCACUUACCACAGCGCACACACACACACACAGGCAUGCAUUCAGGUCUCCAACUCCUGAAUAAGCAAACACACGCACACGUGGAGAGGAAAGUGCAGUUCUUAAGAGGCUCUCAGGUUACUUUGCUCUGUGCAAUUAAGAUUAUGUUGUUGAACAUGGUUUUAUACUGUAUCUAUUGAUACAAUGUUUGACUUGAAGCAAUAAAAAUGUUGUAUUAACAUAAUUUUUUGUGUGUUGAAUGAUGGGUGGUGAAGACCAUUGGUAGAACUAAAAAAAACUGAGUUGAUAGAACUCAAUUUACAGAUAACACUACAAAAUCUGAGUUUGUGUAACUCAAAAUCUAUAUGUCAAACUCAUAAAACAAAGUUGAUAGAACUCAGAACUUAAAGGUUAAACAGAAAAACCUAAGUUAGUAGAACUCAAAAUGUAUGUAUAAAACUAAAAAACCCAAGUUGGUAGAACUCAAAAUGUAUGUAUAAAACUAAAAAACCCAAGUUGGUAGAACUCAAAAUGUAUGUAUAAAACUAAGAAACCUAAGUUAGUAGAACUUAAAAUUUCUAUGUAACACUCCAAAAACCUAAGUUGGCAGAACUCAAAAAUCUUUGUAAACUCAACCACAGUGAAUUUAAGUAAGGAAAACUCAAAAAA